GACGUUUUUUCUUGUUCCCUUCUUCCUUCUUUUCUUCUUUUCGUCUUUCCCUAAGCCUCUCUCUCCCCUUGUUCCUCUCCCCCCACCGCUCUUUAUCCAGCCCAACCCUCAACCCCUUGGUCUCCUCAAGCGCACUUCGCCAAGCAACACAUCCAAGCCCUACAAUGCUUACAACUGAGCCUGAACUCAUCACGUCUUUGGACGGCAAGAUCGUCUAUCCCCAGGUCCGCCGUAGCGAUUUCGCCGAGACCCUCCAUGGCACUACGGUCGCCGACCCCUACCGCUGGCUCGAGAAUCCCGAUUCAAAGGAGACCAAGGAUUUUGUCGAGGCCCAGGCUGCGUUUGGAAACGAGUUUAUGAACAAAUUUGAUGCCAAACAAAAGUUCAACGAGCGUCUGACCGCUUUGUACAACUACGAGCGCUACUCUACCCCCUUCAAACGCGGCGACUACUACUACUACAGAUACAACAGCGGUCUGCAGGCCCAAAGUGUUCUUUAUCAGCAGGACAGCCUCGACUCGAAGGCCCGUGUCUUCUUGGACGUCAACACUUUGGAGGCGGAUGGCACUGCAGCCUUGGGCGCCAGCGCCUUCUCAAAGACGGGAUUGUUGUACGCCUAUUGCCUGUCCAGGUCAGGAUCUGACUGGAACACGAUCUACUUGAUGAACAACAAGGGCGAGAAGCUGGACGAUGUUAUCGAGUGGACAAAGUUUUCAAACAUCUCCUUUACGCAUGACGACAAGGGAUUCUUUUACUCUAGUUUUGAGAAGCCUGAUGUCGAUGCCGGAAAGGCAGGAACCGAGACCGCGGUCAACCACUUCAAGCGCCUGUACUACCACAAAAUCGGUACUCCUCAAUCUGAGGAUGUCCUCGUGUUCCUCGACAAAGAGAACCCUACUUAUCACCCCGAUGGCCGCGUGUCUGAGGACGGCAAGUACUUUAUCAUCACCAUCGCCAAGGACUGCGACCCUGUGAAUAUGCUGUACUUGAUCGACCUUGAGGAGGAGAAACAGAUCACAUCCGAUAUGAAGCUGAACAAGAUUGUUGACAAUUUUGAGGGCGAGUACAGCUACUUGACCAAUGUUGGCACCACGUUCUACUUCCAGACAAACUUGAACGCUCCUAUGGGCAAGAUUGUCAAGUACGACCUUGACAAGCCCGCAGAGGGCUUUGUUGAAGUCGUUCCCGAGUCAAAGGACGUCUUGGACAAUUCCCAAGUCGUGAGCGAUGACAAGCUUGUUCUCCACUAUAUCCACCAUGUGACCAGCAAGAUCGUUGUUCACGAUCUCCCCACCGGCAAGUUCAUUCAUGAGAUCAAGAUUCCCGUUGGCACUAUCGUCAGCAUAUCCGCGCGCCGAGAGGACACUGAACUCUUCAUCCAGUUCAUGUCGUUCCUUACCCCUGGCACCAUCUACCGUUAUGAUUUCAAGGUCGAAGAUCACGAGCAGAGACUAUCGGUCUUUAGACAGGCUGAAGUCAAGAACUUUGAUGGGUCGCUGUUCGAGACCAAGCAAAUCUUCUAUUCUAGCAAGGAUGGAACCAAGGUUCCCAUGUUUAUCACUCACAAGAAGGGCCUCGUGCUGGACGGCAACAAUCCCGCGUUCUUGUACAGCUAUGGAGGAUUCAAUAUUAGCAUCCAGCCUGUGUAUUCCCCAGAAAUGAUUGCCUUUAUCCAGCACCUCAACGGUGUGGCCUGCUACGCCAACAUUCGUGGUGGCGGAGAAUACGGUGAGGAAUGGCACAAGGGCGGCGCGCUCAAGAACAAGCAGUCUUGUUUCGAUGACUUCCAGUCCGCUGCCAAGUACCUCAUCCAAGAGAAAUAUACCCAGCCCUCUCGUCUGGCGAUCAACGGUGGCUCCAACGGUGGUUUGCUCGUCAGUGCCUGUGUGAACCAGGCUCCCGAGCUCUACGGAUGCGUGGUCUCGGAUGUGGGCGUCCAGGACAUGUUGCGGUUCCAAAAGUUCACGAUCGGACAUGCCUGGCAGUCCGAGUUUGGAUACUCUGAUGAAAACAAGGACGAUUUCGAAAACCUGCUAAAGUACUCGCCUCUGCACAACGUCCGCAAGGACCAUCCUUACCCGGCCGUGGCGUUGUUUACAUCGGACCACGAUGACCGUGUGGUGCCUCUGCAUUCGUUCAAGUUGGCAGCGGAGUUGCAGCACACGGCAGGACCGGUGACGGACAAGCCCUUGGUGCUGAGAAUCGAGACCAAGGCUGGCCAUGGAGCAGGAAAGCCCUUGACAAAGCGCAUUCAGGAGAGCACGGACAAAUUCUCGUUCAUUGCUCACUCCCUUGGAGCCAAGUGGGUUGAUUAGGAGGCAUACAAAUGUAUCUUCAUCUACAAUGCGAAUAAAAAAAAGUAAAUGAAGAAU